AUGGACAAAAUUCAGUAUCAAUAUCUCCGUUACAACAGGUAUCUGAUGAUCGUUCUCGGACAAUGGCCAUCUCAGAGUACUCUAGAAAGAUUUUUGAUCUCUAUUGUAUUCGUGCCAACUAUUGCAGCGCAGUUAAUUUUUCAGGGCGGUGGUUUGAUAUGUGCUGUAGUUGAUAUGGAUGCCUUUAUGGAGGGUGUAGCACCCUUUAUUAUCAGUCUCAUGUGUUUAGCAAAAUAUAUCAAUUUUGCUUAUAAUUUUGAGCAAAAGGAUUGGAGAUUUUAUAUGAAAUACGAGUAUGAAUGUAACAUUCUCUAUCGAUAUUACGAAGUUGCAAAGACAGCUACUUUUGGUUACGCAGCUAGUGUAUAUGGUGCAAUGAUACCGUUCAUGAUGGUUCCAACUUUGUUAAAUGUGGCCAAUGCUUUGAAAAUCCUUAACACGACUGAUGACAAACCAUUAUUAUUUCGGGUUGAUUAUUUCGUCGAUGUGGAAACUUAUUAUUAUCCUCUAUUAAUACAUUCUUAUUUUGCUACGAUAGGAUAUAUCACGAUUGUCGUUGCAAUGGAUACGAUUAAUUUAUUAUACGUUCAACAUGCUUGUGCAUUAUGCACCAUUUUAGGGUAUUAUUUGGAGAAUAUCGUGAAAAAUGACGAUCUAGAAAUAGAUCUAAUUCCAAAUCCUCGUGAUGAUGAAGGGCACCGUGCUAUGAAGGAAUGCAUCAAACUUCAUAAUCAUGUGAUAAUGUACGCCAAUAAACUCGAAAAGACAAGUACGAUAUCUCACUUUUUUCAACUCAUCUUAAAUAUGAUCGGUAUAAGUUUCACAGGAUUUCAGGCUGCCACGAAGUUGGAUACACUAGACGUAGCUUUGAGAUAUGCGGGUUUCACAUUAACUUUAACAUUCGUUGUCUUCCUGGAGAGUUGGCCAGGACAGCAAUUGGCUGAUCAUACCGAUCGAAUUAGUGAAUAUGCUGGCAGAGGAAAAUGGUAUCAAACUUCGUUAUCCACUAGAACGGAUUUGAAAAUCAUGCUAAUAAGAUGUUUGAAACCGAUUCAAUUAACCGCUGGAAAAUUAUACGUUCUAAAUUUGGAAAACUUUAGUAGGGUCGUGCGAACUUCCUUUUCUUAUUUUACGGUUUUAUGCUCCGUACAAUAAUUAUUGAAAUCUAUGAAAAAC